CCUCUCCCUCUCUCUCUCCCUCUCUCAGUCAGUCUGUGCUUCAUUAGAGAUCAUGUCGGGAUGGGAGGAUGAUGAUGAUGAGGGCUCUCCGGGUUUUUCUCCGGGAAUAAUGCGCGUCUUCUUCUCCAUCACUGAAGACUGAAGCUCGACAGGAUGAAGAACGACUGAGCGGACGGACGGACGGACGGAUGGAUGAAUGAAUGAACGCGCAGUCUGGCUCAGAAUCUUCCAGAAGUCCAGAUGGAGCAGGAUGUCGAGAGCACCGUCACGGUUCGACAACCCAAGCUGCCCAAGCAGGCGCGGGACGACAUCCCCAAACCGCUGCAGGAGCGGGAGCGCGCCAAGCAGAAGACCCAGCGCUACGUCCGCAAAGACGGCAAGUGCAACGUGCACCACGGAAACGUGCGGGAGACCUACCGCUACCUGACGGACAUCUUCACCACGCUGGUGGACCUCAAGUGGAGGUUCAACCUGUUCAUCUUCGUGCUGGUCUACACCGUCACCUGGCUGUUCUUCGGCUUCAUGUGGUGGCUGAUCGCCUACAUUCGAGGAGAUCUGGAGCACAUCGGAGACAACCAGUGGACUCCCUGCGUCAACAACCUGAACGGCUUCGUGUCCGCAUUCCUGUUCUCGAUAGAGACUGAGACCACCAUCGGCUACGGCCACCGCGUCAUCACCGACAAGUGUCCGGAGGGCAUCGUGCUGCUGCUGGUGCAGUCGGUGCUGGGCUCCAUCGUCAACGCCUUCAUGGUGGGCUGCAUGUUCGUCAAGAUCUCGCAGCCCAAGAAGCGCGCCGAGACGCUGGUCUUCUCCACCAACGCCGUCAUCUCCAUGCGGGACGGCCGGCUCUGCCUGAUGUUCCGCGUGGGAGACCUCAGAAACUCGCACAUCGUGGAGGCGUCCAUUAGAGCCAAGCUGAUCAAGUCCAAACAGACCAAGGAGGGCGAGUUCAUCCCGCUCAAUCAGACGGACAUAAACGUGGGCUACGACACCGGAGACGACCGGCUCUUCCUGGUGUCUCCGCUCAUCAUCUGCCACGAGAUCAACCAGCACAGCCCCUUCUGGGAGAUCUCCAGAGAGCACAUGGCCAAGGAGGAGCUGGAGAUCGUGGUGAUCCUGGAGGGCAUGGUGGAGGCCACAGGCAUGACGUGUCAGGCGCGCAGCUCAUACGUGGCCAGCGAGAUCAAGUGGGGUUACCGCUUCACGCCAGUGCUGACGCUGGAGGACGGCUUCUACGAGGUGGACUACAACAGCUUCCACGAGAUCUACGAGACCAACACGCCCAGCUGCAGCGCGCGAGAGCUGGCCGAGAUGACGGCGCGCGCCCGCCUGCCGCUCACCUGGUCGGUGGCCAGCAAACUGAGCCAGCUGGAGCCGCAGGAGCCGCCGGAGGAGCUGACGGAGAGGAACGGAGACGUCGCCAACAUGGAGAGCGAGUCCAAAGUGUAGGAGGACGGGAGAAUCUCUCCUGAUCUCUGCGCCACUGCCGCCGCACCAUUGGCUGGGCUCAGAGGUCAGAGGUCAGCUCAGGAAUGCGCCCCGAGGCGGGCCGAGGUCACGGACGCCCCCAUCACACGCACUUCUCUUUUUCUGGCUCCAGGGCGUGACGCAGGUGAACUGGCGGGCCACUGCAUGGUUUCAGAGACCAGUUUUUUUCUUAAAGAUAUGAAAUGAUAUUUUCAGAUUUGUAAUUCAGAGAUGAAGACCUCUAUAUGUAUAUGAGCAUAUAUAUAGAUCUAUUCUAGGGCAUUUGCAUUUGUAUUUUUUUGUAUAUAUAUAUAUAUAUCUGCGUUUGGUUUGAGAUGUAAGGUUGUUUGAUACGACACGAGUCGCUCCACGUCUGUAUAUUCUGCCUUCUGGAAGAGCAGCAGACAUAUUUAUCCACGCAUGAACACUCGAUCCCUGUAGUCCUGCGACUCUGAUGUACAUAUUUAAAGUACUGUCGGCCAUACAUGCAGGAGAUCCCCGUACUGGAUGCAAACCGGAGGCUGAAGGCGGUGCGGUUGCGUUGCAUGGGAUUGUGGGGCUGAUGAUGGUGUGUGAGUGUGUGUGUGUGUGUGUGUGUGCGCGUGUAAUCGUGCAUGUCUGCUCCAAUAACCUUCCGUACCGUCAUCAGGCCAUGAUCUUUCUCUCUUCCUUUAAGUCAUAACUGGAUUUGAACUUCAGCGCGCCCGAUGCAGCCGAGCGCUUCUGUGUGUGUUUGUGUCGUCAGACAGAGCAGCAGAUGUGUGUGUUUGACCACGAGAUAAACACCGCGCGCACACGAGACCAAAGAGCCGAACCCUCACGUCACCUUUGCCUCGACAUUGAUCAGCACAUGAGCAUUGCCAAUGAAAACAAGGCUGAGACGGGGCGUCGUCCUGGAGGCACAACCCACAUGAGGGACCACCGCUGUGCUUAAAUAAUUAAUGAGAGAAGCAGAUGCAGAGAGAGAGAUGUAAACCAGCUUAAAUAUCUCGACCCGUCUGUGUGAGCCGUCUGGAAGUGCUGUCGCCAGACAGUCAAGUAGUGAAAGAGUCUGACAAGACUUCAUACAGCUGACAGACGGACGCUCGCUGACCAGCUCACUAGAGCGCUCACAGUCUCAGAUCUGCAUUGAGUUUAAUAAAGCAAUGCCAGGGCAGUCUUUCCCGUUUCCUCUGGCGUGUUCACAUCAUGGUCGUUUACGGCGGAGUGAUAAUCACAGAUGAGCGAUCAUCAUAGCAUUACAUUUAGCAGAUGCUUUUAUCCAAAGCCACUUACAAACGAGAAAAGCACCAAGCGGCUGAUCUUAAAGACGCAGUGCUCCCAGGAAGAGCCAGCAAUACAGGCUAGAGUAGAUGAGGAGAGAGGAAACACCUUCACAGAGGAGAUGAGCUUCAGUUUUCUGUUUGGGAUUGGGGAGAUCAUUCCACCAGUGAGGAACCGUGAAGGAAAAUGUUCUGGAAAUUGAUUUAUGCCUUGUUUCCACAGAACCCUAACCCUAAUUGUGUUCACACGCUCAGCAGAAAUAAACUCUGAUUGGCUCCAAUGAUCAUCCACAGUGUUUAAGAGCUCAGGUGUUUGAGGGAAAUGGACGUUUAUAAAAUUUAAUUACUAUUCAGUACUGAAAUCAGUAUUUCUGACAACACUAUGUGCAGUUGAUUACAGGAGAAACACUAUGUCAUCAGACGAUGGCUCCCAGUGAUGUGGUGUAAAUUAGGAAGAGGAGAGGUCCAAGAACUGACCCCUGAGGAACUCCUGCAGAAUAUAUCUAGCAGAGCUGAAGAUCCAGAGCCGUCCACAGGGCUUCAGUGGCGGACAGUAAUGCGGGAUCGUUCACUUUUUAACAGACGCUUUCAUCCGAAGUGACCCACAAGUGAGACAAGAGAAGCACUUUACCUCCUGCUGAAGCAGUUUACGAUUGUUUUUCCACAUUCAAGCAAACAGAUUGGAAAGAGUGUGUACUACAGGUGGUUUGUCAAGCCCACUCACCUGUGAGGAGCACACUCAGAAUUGCAAGACGUUUUUCCAUCUUGGAUCAGUGGAAUCGCCACUUUCCAAUCCUCGAUGGUUUGCGUCCGGCUGCUCUGUUCAGUGUUGUUGCAGUGAUUUGCAGAUGGACAAUGGCAGCAGGUUAAGGGGUUUGUUCAGCAGCCUUGUUUUCAUUUGCAUCAAAUAAGAUAAUGCAUGCAUCAAGAGAACGCUCCAUAACAAGUCUGUUCAAUACUAAAGCCCAGAGUAUACUUCUGCUGUUAAUUAGGCGUGCAGAGCUCAGUACACCACUUCAUCAGAACACUUCAGAACUAUAUUGCACUUGCACAUGCCCAUUUGAUUUUUUGCACUUAUUAGUUUGUCCACAAGGGGUCAUCACUGAGCGACUGAUUCACUGAACAACAACAGCAAACUACUGAAGACUAAAAGAGUGUUGUGUUCAGGAUGAAGACCUUUCCACAGCUCAAAAGUGCUCACACACACACACACACACACACACACACACACACACACACACACACACACUGAACAUGAAGUAUACUCUGGACUUGAACUUACAUUUGCCAGAGCUCAGAUUGCGCUGUAUCGUGUUCAAGGGAUUUACAGGACCAGGACUCACAGACAUCCCUCUUAUGGCCGUGUGUUCUUGAGUCUGGCCGAUGUGUCUGUAGAUCCGCACAUCUGUGCCCGGUUGAGACUGGAGUCCUCCGCUGAUUCUGCACAGUGACAGCGCAUCGCUCCAGCGCUCCACGAUUGAUGAAGUGCCCUUUAAAGUGCCCUGCUGAUACGAAGCCAUCACGUCACGUCACGUCAGAGGCUUUCCUUUCUUCAUCUCUGUUGAGUUGGGGAAAUAUGAAAUCAGGAAUACCCACAUUAUAUCGUCUUCAGAUCCGUCUUUAAAGCUUAUUCCACAAGCCAUAAUACGGCACAUUACACACGGUGUUUAAACAGAUUCAGCGCGCAUACGACAAGCGACUCAUUCUGAUUUUCUUGUUGAUUUAGAUGAUUACUCUGUCGCAAGAAGCUCAUAAAUAAACCAUAUCUGAAUAUUCA